AUGGCAUCGGCAACACAGAGAAUUCCAUCGAAGAGGCAAACGCUCGACGAAGCCUACGCGCCUCCAGCCAAUUUUCUCGAAAUUGAGGUUAUCAAUCCAAUCACUCAUGGCGUCGGCAAAAUGCGAUACACUGACUACGAAAUCAGAAUGAGAUCGAACCUGCCUGUCUUCAAACAAAAAGAAUCGAGUGUUCGUCGUCGGUACAGUGAUUUCGAAUGGGUUCGUGCAGAAUUGGAGAGAGACAGCAAAAUCGUUGUUCCAACGCUGCCCGGAAAGUCUCUCAAGCGACAACUUCCAUUCCGAUCUGAUGAUGGGAUUUACGAAGAGGAAUUCAUUGAGAAUCGUCGCAAAGCGCUUGAGUUGUUCAUAAACAAAGUCGCUGGACAUCCGCUAGCUCAAAACGAACGUUCUCUGCACAUCUUCCUCCAAGAGACGACCAUCGAUAAAAACUAUGUCCCCGGAAAAAUUCGUACCGCUUGA